AUGAAUGCGCCGAAUGCUCCUGCGGCCGUGAGGAUAUCGGGGCCACCAAACAGCAGCUUCUUGGUGGGCUACCCGGGGAUCUCUGCGACAUUGCCUAGGAUUGUUGGCAAAGUCGAGAUCCGGCCGGGCGCAGGCUUUUCGGCUCCGGUGAACAUUUCCAUGGUGCGCAUCUGCCUUCAGCGACGGGAAACCAUCCAUCCGGCGGCGGAGAAUGUUGCGAAGCGACAUCUUGGGACGCCGCGACGGGAGACCUCCGAUUUGGUGGGCAAGGAGGUUCUGCUCUAUCGUUGUACAUCAGGGAAGGAGUCGGAGAGCGUUAUCGCCAUGGAUCUACCAUUCCAGAUUUUCAUCCCUUUCGGGCGCGGGGGAGAAGAGACGAACCGGCGCAUUCCGCCAGCCAGCUUACAACUCCCCAGCCGAAUCGCCGAGACCUAUUACGAACUUGUCGUCACUGUACAGCAGGGAUCUAGCAUGCAGAACCGCUACACCUUUCCCAUCCCAUUACAACGUUACGACACCCUGUCGACGUUUGGAAUGUACAACCGACCAGAGACCAAGGCAGCGACGGCGGAUCAUAUCGUGACCUUGGGCAUGUCGCUCCCGAAAUGGAGCUAUGGGCCGUUGGAUCCCAUUACGGUAUACGUCAAGUUGUCGCCAAACCCGGACUACAUGAACAAGGCGAAAAGGGUGACGAUACAGAAGAUCACACUGACCAUUGAGGAGGAAAUCACAUUCAACCCUGAAGGAGACGAGCCGACCAGGAAGGUCAAUAAAAUUGCGAAACAUACACAGCAGGUAGGCACAAAGUUGCCAGAGAAUGGGUAUAUGACGAAUCUGGGUCUGGUACUCCCAGCCCGCGAUCUCAGAGAUCCGGAUGGCAUCAUAAAAAGGGGCAAGCCAGCGUUCCCGAUGUAUGAGGUGACCAGUUUUACCACAUCGUCGACGCUGUACAAGAUUGAGUUCUUCCUAAGCAUCAAGGCAUACAUGACCUCCGCUCGCGACAUCACAUUACGCCAGGCGAUUGUGGUAUGCCCGAUGGACCAGCAGGCAUGUAAGGAGGAGAUGGAUGCCAUCGAACAAGCAGCAAAGGACGCCUCGAUGGUUGACCCUAACAAUCCUACUUGCUUCGAUGAGCGCAGAAUCGUCCUGGCUAGUGAACGAGAUGCGAUCCGGCACCUUGGACUCUGCGAGGUUGGAGGCGUCAAGAAAAUGUUGAUCGAAUAG